GCCUCCCCGGCCGCUGCCUGCGGGGAGAGGGGGGAGAUCGCGGCCACUGGAGCCCGAGCGGGCGCUAGAGCGCGAGCGGCUGUCGCGCAGCGUCGGCGUGCGCUCCCCAGGGAGCGGCUGCAAGGGGACCGCGGCGGGAGCUGCGUCGAACCGUGCAGCCGGCUCCCGCUCGUUGCCGAGGCUCGUAGGUGCCGCCGCGGCUGACAGGAGCCGUGGGUCGCAGCCUCCACACCUGCGCGGGCGCGGGGUCGGGUCUGCCGCGGGCGAGCGAGAGGGCGCAGAGGAGAGCGUGCGGCUGCAGGCAGGGGCCCUCGCUCGGCCACCUCGUCGCCGCGCUGCCGCCGCUGGAAGAUGUCGCAGGAGAGGCCCACGUUCUACCGGCAGGAGCUGAACAAGACCGUCUGGGAGGUGCCCGAGCGAUACCAGAACCUGUCCCCGGUGGGCUCGGGAGCCUACGGCUCGGUGUGUGCUGCUUUUGAUACAAAGACGGGACAUCGUGUGGCAGUGAAGAAGCUGUCGAGACCGUUUCAGUCCAUCAUUCACGCCAAAAGGACCUACAGGGAGCUGCGGCUGCUGAAGCACAUGAAGCACGAGAAUGUGAUUGGUCUGUUGGAUGUGUUUACACCUGCAAGGUCCCUGGAGGAAUUCAACGAUGUGUACCUGGUGACCCAUCUCAUGGGGGCAGACCUGAACAACAUCGUGAAGUGUCAGAAGCUUACCGAUGACCACGUUCAGUUUCUUAUCUACCAGAUCCUGCGAGGGCUGAAGUAUAUACACUCGGCUGACAUAAUCCACAGGGACCUAAAGCCCAGCAACCUCGCUGUGAAUGAAGACUGUGAGCUGAAGAUUCUGGAUUUUGGGCUGGCUCGGCACACUGAUGACGAAAUGACCGGCUACGUGGCUACCCGGUGGUACAGAGCCCCCGAGAUUAUGCUGAAUUGGAUGCACUACAACCAGACAGUGGAUAUUUGGUCCGUGGGCUGCAUCAUGGCUGAGCUGUUGACCGGAAGAACGUUGUUUCCUGGUACAGACCAUAUUGAUCAGUUGAAGCUCAUUUUAAGACUCGUUGGAACCCCAGGGGCUGAGCUUCUGAAGAAAAUCUCCUCAGAGUCUGCAAGAAACUACAUUCAGUCUCUGGCCCAGAUGCCGAAGAUGAACUUCGCAAAUGUAUUUAUUGGUGCCAAUCCCCUGGCUGUCGACCUGCUGGAAAAGAUGCUGGUUUUGGACUCGGAUAAGAGGAUCACAGCAGCCCAAGCUCUUGCGCAUGCCUACUUUGCUCAGUACCACGACCCUGAUGAUGAGCCAGUGGCUGACCCUUAUGACCAGUCCUUUGAAAGCAGGGACCUCCUUAUAGACGAAUGGAAGAGCCUGACCUACGAUGAAGUCAUUAGCUUUGUGCCACCGCCCCUUGACCAAGAAGAAAUGGAGUCCUGAGCACCUUGCUUCUGUUCUGUCCAUCCCACUUCACUGUGAGGGGAAGGCCUGUUCAUGGGAACUCUCCAAAUACCAUUCAAGUGCCUCUUGUUGAAAGAUUCCUUCAUGGUGGAAGGGGGUGCAUGUAUGUGCGUAGUGUUUGUGUGUGUCUGUCUGUCUGUCCGUUUGUCCAUGUAUCUUUGUGGAAGUCAUUGUGAUGGCAGUGACUUCAUGAGUGGUAGAUGCUCCUUGGCAGUCUGCCUGCUCUCUCAGAGUCCGGGCAGGCCGAUGGGAACUGCCGUCUCCUUAGGGAUGUGUGUGUGUAUGUUAAGUGCAAAGUAAGAAUAUUAAAAUAUCCCUGUUCCUAGUUACCUUGCCACUUCGGCUUCUCCUGUGGCCCUGCCUUUACCAUAUCACAGUGACAGAGAGAGGCUGCUUCAGGUCUGAGGCUAUCCCUCAGCCAUGCAUAAAGCCCAAGAGAACCAACUGGCUCCUGGGCUCUAGCCUGUGAUCGGCUUGCUCAUGUCCUCAGAACCUGUCAGUCUGUUUGUGCCUUAAAAGGAGAGAAGGGCGCGUUGUGGUAGUUACAGAAUCUCAGUUGCUGGCGUUCUGAGCCAGGCAAGGCACAGGGCUGUUGGAUGGCCAGUGGGGAGCUGGACAAAACAAGGCAGCCUUCAAGGAGGCCAUGGGUGCAUGUGUGCAUGAGUGUAUGUGCAGCCGCCCUCCCUCACCUCCAGGAGCAAGCUGUUUUCUAUGCUUACCUAAGUUCACCUCAGUGCAGAGGUCUCCAGUGCCAGGCACAGGCUCCUGCCAUCAGUAGCUUCCUAUGUCAUCUUCACGUCAUGCGGGUGUUUGCAUGCUGUGCUCUGGAGCUUGUCCUGUCUUCUGGAAGCCCUGGGCCGGGCGUGUGAAGACUUCCCAGCAGUCCUAUCCACGCACCUCAGCUGAGGCCACGGGCACACUGCUGCUUCCUCACUCCAGCUACGUUGUGUUGAACACAACUGAUCCUCCAGGUGCUUGUGGUGCAGGAAACGGGACGAACAGAGCACCUGAACCCUUGCCAUCUGACAUCACCGACACAGGAGAACAGUCCUCUCCUCUCCUCUCCUCUCCUCUCCUAGGACAGUCCCCAGCUCUGGAAUCAUGUUCUUCUCACUCAUGGUAGCCAGCUAAGAAAGCUGCAAACCGAACAAAGGGAGAACCGAGCUCCUGAAGCCAGGAGCUCCUUUUACUGUCCUUCUCAAAAUAGGGUCAUUAGACACAGCCAAGUCGUCAAAGGCCCCUUUCCUUGUACGGGGCCCCCCCGCCCCCGGCAGCUUGACACUGAUUUCAGUGUCUAUUUGGGGAGAAAGCAAUUUUGUCUUGGAAUUUUGUAUGUUGUAGGAAUCCUUAGAGAGUGUGGUUCCUUCUGAUGGGGAGAAAGGGCAAAUUAUUUUAAUAUUUUGUAUUUCACCUUUAUAAACAUGAAUCCUCAGGGGUGAAGAACUGUUUGCAUAAUUUUCUGAAUUUCAGGCACUUUGUGCUAUAUGAGGACCCAUAUAUUUAAGCUUUUUGUGCAGUAAGAAAGUGUAAAGCCAAUUCCAGUGUUGGACGAAACAGGUCUCGUAUUUAGGUCAAGGUGUCUCCAUUCUCUAUCAGUGCAGGGACAUGCAGUUCUGUGGGGCAGGGUAGGACCCUGCAUCAUCUGGAGCCCAGAAGGAGGCCGACUGGCCAGGCCUCACCGCCUCAGUAUGCAGUCCAGCUCCACGUCAUCCCCUCACAAUGGUUAGUAGCAACGUCUGGGUUUGAACGCCAGGCGUGGUUAUUUUAUUGAGGAUGCCUUUGCACAUGUGGCCAUGCUGUGUUAGGACUGUGCCCCAGGGCCCGGACUUGAAGCUAGAGCUGGCAGAAGAGCUCCUGGCAUCCAUGGUGCGAUGCUGCCGCCACCCAGUUUCUCCAUUGGAAGACAAGGGAAUGAGAAGACUGCUGUGUAUGUGUAUUUGUGAACUUGGUUGUGAUCUGGUAUGCCAUAGGAUGUCAGACAAUACCACUGGUUAAAGUAAAGCCUAUUUUUCAGAUUCA